CUACAAUUCCUGAAUGUUGGACUUGCCUAUUUUGGCUUCCACUGACAUGACUGACAACUGGCUGAACGUGCAGUCAGAGGAAGAGAAAAGCCAGGAAAGCAGCAUGGUGGACUCGGGAAACCUCGAUGACAGCUUGACCAGCCUCCAGUGGCUUCAAGAAUUCUCCAUCAUCAACGCCAACAUGGGCAAGUCAUCUUCUUCCCCGUGCAGCACAGAUCCUCAUGGGUAUCAUAAAAUCCCUGGCUCCGCUGCGCCGUGUUCCCCCCUGGCUGGUGAUCCAGCUUGCAUGGGGAUGCCCCACACUCCUGGCAAGCCAAUUUCCUCCUCCACAUCCAGGACUGCACAUCUGCAAGGCCAACCCCUGGAAGACAUAGAUUACAAGACCAAUCCCCAUGUGAAGCCCCCUUAUUCCUAUGCCACACUCAUCUGCAUGGCCAUGGAAGCGAGCAAGAAAACCAAAAUCACCCUCUCAGACAUCUAUAAAUGGAUUACGGAUAAUUUCUGCUAUUUUCGGCAUGCUGACCCCACAUGGCAGAAUUCCAUUAGGCACAACCUGUCCUUGAAUAAGUGCUUUAUCAAGGUGCCACGAGAGAAGGAUGAGCCGGGAAAAGGUGGCUUCUGGAAGAUCGAUCCUCAGUAUGCAGACAGGCUGAUGAACGGAGCCUUCAAGAAACGCAGGAUGCCCCCAGUCCAGAUCCAUCCAGCCUUCACCGGAAGAAUCCAACAGGAUGCCAGUUCUAGUUCUUCUGCUCACCAGGCAGCGGCAUCUUGGAAGAACAACAGCAUCCUGAAAAUCAACAUGGAGUCUCAGCAGCUGCUCAAAGAAUUUGAAGAAGUCACCAGCGACCAAAACUGGAACCCAGUGGAUGGGAAAAUGAGCCAUAAGCGCAAGCAGCCGCUGCCAAAGCGGAUGUACAAGACAGCCCGCCUCGCCAGCUCCCCUAUGCUCACUCAGGAAGAACAGACAGAGCUUGGGUCUCUGAAAGGUGAUUUUGAUUGGGAGGCUAUCUUCGACACCACCUUGAAUGGUGACUUCUCCACCUUUGAGGAUCUGGAGAUCACUCCUCCUAUUAGCCCCAUAACCAGGGAUGUAGACUUGACUGUGCAUGGAAGACAUAUUGACUGCCCACAGGAGUGGUGCCCAGCUGGGCAGGAUUAUAUCCUAACAGAAUCCAACCAGAACAGCUUGGACUUUGAUGAAACCUUUAUUGCCACUUCUUUUCUUCAGCAUCCCUGGGAUGAAGGGAGAAAUGAUUACCUCUCAAGUUCUGUCAACAUGGAUCCACUCUUUGAACUUAACGACCCUUCUUUGCAGACAGAAAUGAAUGACUGGAGCAAUGCUGGCUGUCUUUAAUGAGAGAUAGAUCCCUGGCUGGAAGGCUCAAGAUCAUCCUAGAUUGACUGGCUGUAUGAACAAGAUAUUCCCCAGUGCUGCAGGACUUUACAACAGAAGAAUCCUCUAACAAAUGAGACGUCUUUAGAAUUGGGACCAAGUGAAUCACAGAAGUGGCGAGGGAGGGGAGAUCUGGAGAGUUUGGCUGGAUGUAUCUGAACACAACACAUAUGGGGAACUCUGUACCCCCAA